GACCAAGCGCCCGCGGGUGGCGGUGAGCCGGCAGGGCACUGUGGCCGGUUACGGCAUGGUGACUCGUGAAAGCGUGCUGCCCGGGGAGCUGCUAUUCGCGGUGCCGCGGGCAGCGCUCUUGUCGCCACACACCUGCUCGAUUCGGGGCUUGCUGGAACGAGAGCGAGACGCGUUGCAGAGCCAGUCGGGCUGGGUGCCACUGCUGCUGGCGCUGCUCCAUGAGCUGCAGGCCCCAGCCUCGCUGUGGAGCCCCUACUUUGCACUGUGGCCCGAGCUGGACCGCUUGGAGCAUCCCAUGUUUUGGCCAGAAGAGGAGCGCCAGCGCCUGCUGCAAGGCACAGGUGUCCCGGAGGCAGUGGAUAAGGAUUUGGCCAACAUUCGCAGCGAGUUCUAUUCCAUCGUGCUUCCCUUCAUGGAAGCCCAUCCGGAUCUCUUUGGCCCCAGUGUUCGCUCCCUGGAACUCUACCACCAGCUAGUGGCCCUUGUGAUGGCCUACAGCUUUCAAGAACCACUGGAGGAAGAGGAAGAUGAAAAGGAGCCGAAUUCCCCUUUGAUGGUGCCUGCUGCAGACAUACUAAACCACUUAGCCAAUCACAAUGCCAAUCUAGAAUACUCUGCAGAUUAUCUUCGGAUGGUGGCUACCCAGCCCAUUCCUAAAGGCCAGGAGAUUUUCAACACUUAUGGACAAAUGGCUAAUUGGCAACUUAUUCACAUGUACGGUUUUGUUGAACCAUAUCCUGACAACACGGAUGACACAGCAGACAUUCAAAUGGUGACUGUCCGUGAAGCUGCAGUACGGGGAACAAAAGGUGAAGCUGAAAGGCUCCAACUAUAUGAGCGCUGGGAUUUCUUAUGCAAACUGGAGAUGGUAGGGGAAGAGGGUGCAUUUGUGAUUGGUUGUGAGGAGGUGCUAACUGAAGAGGAACUGGCCGCCACACUCAAGGUCCUGUGCAUGCCUGCUGAGGAGUUCAGAGAGUUUAAAGACCGAGAUGGAUGGGGAGAAGAUGAAUGGGAAGAGGACAGACUAACAGUCACAAAUAUCCCCAAGCUCAAAGCAUCAUGGAGACAGCUUCUACGAGACAGUGUUCUUUUGACUCUGCAGACCUAUGCCACAGAUUUAAAAACUGAGGAGGAUGUACUCAGUAAUAAGGAGGCCUAUGCAAAACUCAGCUGGAGGGAAAAGCAGGCCUUACAGGUUAGGUAUGGUCAGAAGAUGAUCUUACAUCAGUUAUUGGAACUGACAAGUUAGCAGAUUAUUUAACUUCUUAGUCUAAACUGACACUUUGUUGCUCAAGAAGGGGAAGGUUUGGAUCUUCUGCAUUUAUUAAAUACCAAAUGGAAAAGAAGCAAAGGUGCUACUCUAAACUCUUGAAGGUGACACACUUUAGGGUUGGAAUCAACAGACUUGGGAAUUACUAAUAAUUAAGAACAGCACAUUUUAUAGCCACUUUAACAAAAGCCAGGAGAAAGAUGAUAUUCAUAGCACUUAGUAACAUGGACUUUAGAGGAAGACCAGAUUCAAAUCUGGGUCUGUGGUGAGGAAGUCAGUUUAGUAAGUAAUAUCACUGAAAUUGGCUUUACUUGCACUUUCAGUUGUCUGAGUUUACUCUGGAUGGCAUGCCUUCCAAUGGAUAAACCUGAAGAUACCAAGGACAGUCCCCUAGACCUCUGUUGUUUUAUGGGUAGGGAGGAGAAAAAAGGGUCAAAAUUAAAGGUAGGGUAAUUAUAAUUGAGAUUGUUUUACAUACCGACUCAUCCAUAAUUCAGUUUGAUCACAGAAACCUGUUCCAACAGUUUUCUCCUGUUGAAACAACAAACACUAAACAAUUUCUUGGGAAAGUGCUGUCAUUCAGGAAGAAGAAGUUUCCUGGGUUCCAUCUCCAAUACUGCCCCACCCGCACCCCCGAGUGCCCCAAAAGAUGUUUCCCAAUGGCUCUUGGCUAUUCAAGGCUAGGCUGUCCACUUUCCUUCUCACCAACCCUAGCAGCUGCUGCUACUGAGAAAGGCACAGGGGACUAACAUGAAUGUCAUGAGUUUUAAUGUUUAACUUCAGUCCAGAAGUGGGGGAGCUAGAGCUCAGGAACUAGUUAGUCUACAAAAUAGAACUCAUGGGCCAAUAUAUUCACAAAACAUUUAAGAUCCUUAUAAAAAGGGGACUGCAUGGUCCUUAAGAUUUUUGUUAAGAUGCAGUCAUUCCUAAGUAAAAUGACUAUGAAGGGCAAUUUGGUAAGGUUUAGUUCCUUUUUCCAGAGUUUGCCAGUAUCAGGAGAAGACAGACAUAGGAGCUUUAGGCCUGGGCUAGCUUCCCUUCAUAAGAACAUGAGCUGGCCUCACUCAGGUGCAUGUUCUCAAGCAGGACUUGCUUUCCCUUUGGAAUGCUUUUUCCCAAAGCUAAACAACUCGUCUCAAUUGUGAGCCCUGGCAUAUCAAUUCUAUCACAUCCAUAUCUUUUAGUCAUUUUUUUUUUAAGGUCUCCUAUCCAUGUUAACAAAAAUACAUAAUAUUUAAACUGGCUUUUUAACUAUUCUUUGGAACAGUAGAGUGUCCAAAGACAUGGAACUAUGCCCUUUGGCAAGUUAUUGGCAUUAGCUGCCUAUUGAAGGAUCCAGUUUAUGUACUUGCCUUGAACACAUUUUGCACAAACUCAAAAAGUUCCAGACAAAAGUUUUCUCUUUCAUAUAUUUACACAAGUUCAAAAUGAUAUUCACAGCAUCUUCUAAAUUUUGGCCAAGAGUCAAAAAAUGCAUUUAAACUUUGGAACGUGCCCACAUAGACAGGAGGCUGAUCCCAACAGUAGUUGGGGCAGGCGCCUGAGAACCAAAGGGCUGGAAAAGUCAGGAGGAACUGAGAGGCUUCUUCAGUUUAUGGACUUGUUGCAGUGGGACCACGAGGCUGACACAACAGAGAUACAGUUCAUCUAACUGGCACCUGUCCCUUCCAUUACUUGCUGAGCCUGCUUCUGUCCCAUGCAGCACUGUGCAACCGACUGGAAUAACCUGAAGAAUGGAGACAAUAACAAGUUUACUUGAGAGGAAAGUUUAGGCCUAAUAAUACCUAGUGCUUUAGCUGCCACUGCCUUCUUAAUCACAGACCCAAG